AUGGCGGGUCGCCGGGCGCCGGGGGAGAAGCGCUGGCAGCUGGUGCGCUGGUACGUGCAGGAGGGACGGUUCCGAAUUGAGGAGAGGACGCUGACAGCCUUCCAGUGGCUCUACAGCCCCCAGCAGCAUCGCAUCCUCAGCCGUGCUGACCUGGAGUCUCCCUCCAGGAUCGACAAGACCAUGCUGGCGAGCCUGAAGGUCAAGAAGCAGGAGCUGGCCAACAGCUCGGAUGUGACCCUCCCAGACCGGCCGCUGUCCCCUCCUCUCACGGCGCCUCCCACCAUGAAGUCAGCAGAGUUCUUCGAGAUGCUGGAGAAGAUGCAGGGGAUCAAGCUUGAAGAGCAGAAGCCGGGACCCCAGAAGAACAAGGAUGACUACAUUCCGUACCCCAGCAUCGAUGAGGUUGUGGAGAAGGGAGGCCCGUACCCCUUGAUCGUCCUGCCCCAGUUUGGGGGCUACUGGAUUGAGGACCCCGAGAACGUGAGCACACCAACCUCCCUGGGCAGCAGCAUCUGUGAGGAUGAGGAGGAGGACAGCCUCAGUCCCAGCACAUUUGGCUACAAGCUCGAGUGCAAGGGUGAAGCCAGGGCCUACCGCAGGCACUUUCUGGGGAAGGAUCAUCUAAACUUCUACUGUACUGGCAGCAGCCUGGGAAACUUGCUCCUGUCCGUCAAGUGUGAGGAGGCCGAGGGCGUUGAGUACCUUCGGAUCGUUCUCAGGUCCAAAGUGAAGACGGUGCAUGAGCGGAUUCCCUUGGCCGGACUGAGCAAGUUGCCCAGUGUCCCUCAGAUUGCAAAGGCUUUCUGUGACGACGCAGUGGGGCUGAAAUUCAACCCUGUCCUGUACCCCAAGGCCUCCCAAAUGAUUGUGGCCUACGACGAGCAUGACGUCAACAACACAUUCAAAUUCGGGGUCAUUUACCAGAAAGCCAGGCAGACCCUGGAGGAGGAACUGUUUGGGAACAAUGAAGAGAGCCCAGCUUUCAAGGAGUUCUUGGAACUGCUAGGGGACACAAUCACGCUGCAGGACUUCAAAGGUUUCCGAGGAGGCCUGGACGUGACCCACGGACAGACGGGGGUGGAAUCAGUGUACACGAUAUUCCGGGACAGGGAGAUCAUGUUCCAUGUCUCCACAAAGCUGCCGUUUACCGAGGGAGACACCCAGCAGCUCCAGAGAAAGAGACACAUCGGGAAUGACAUUGUGGCCAUCAUCUUCCAAGAAGAAAACACACCGUUUGUCCCCGACAUGAUUGCCUCCAACUUCUUACACGCCUACAUUGUUGUGCAGGCCGAGAACCCGGGCACAGAGCCCCCAACCUACAAGGUCGCAGUCACCGCACGGGAAGACGUGCCUGCCUUCGGCCCACCCCUACCCAGCCCCCCUGUUUUCCAGAAGGGCCCGGAGUUCAGGGAGUUUCUGCUCACCAAGCUCACCAACGCGGAGAACGCUUGCUGCAAGUCGGACAAGUUUGCGAAGCUGGAGGACCGGACGAGGGCCGCCCUCCUGGACAACCUUCACGAUGAACUCCAUGCCCACACUCAGGCCAUGCUGGGACUGGGCCCAGAAGAGGACAAGUUUGAGAAUGGGGGCCAUGGGGGAUUCCUGGAAUCUUUUAAGAGGGCCAUCCGCGUGCGCAGCCACUCCAUGGAGACCAUGGUGAGCAGCCAGAAGAAGCAGCACAGCGGGGGCAUCCCUGGCAGCCUCAGCGGGGGCAUCACCCAUAACAGCGUGGAGGUCACCAAGACGACCUUCUCGCCUCCGGUGGCGGUGGCAACGGCGAAGAACCAGUCACGGAGCCCCAUAAAGCGGAGGUCGGGGCUCUUCCCCCGUCUGCACACGGGCUCUGAAGGCCAAGGGGACAGCCGGACACGAUGUGACAGUGCGUCCAGCAACCCCAAGACCCCAGAGGGCGGACACUCUUCUCAGGAGAUAAAGUCUGAGACCUCAUCCAACCCCAGUUCUCCGGAAAUCUGCCCCAACAAGGAGAAGCCCUUCAUCAAAUUGAAGGAGAACGGCCGAGCCAACAUCUCCCGCUCCUCCUCCAGCACCAGCAGCUUCAGCAGCACGGCGGGGGAGGGCGAGGCCAUGGAGGAGUGUGACAGUGGGAGCAGCCAGCCGUCCACAACCUCUCCCUUCAAGCAGGAGGUGUUUGUCUACAGCCCGUCCCCAAGCAGCGAGAGCCCCAGCCUGGGGGCAGCCGCCACCCCCAUCAUCAUGAGCCGGAGUCCAACAGACGUCAAAAGCAGAAACUCCCCGAGGUCAAACCUGAAAUUCCGCUUUGAUAAGCUCAGCCAUGCCAGCUCCAGUGCGGGUCACUAAUGUGAAAGAGGAGUCCUUCGCUUGUCAAAGGGAAGCCCUGAUUCUGUCUCGGAGAAGGCUCCUAUUCCAGCAGUUUGGGGGUGCCAUCCACUACUCUGACCAUCACAGGCUUGCUUUUCCACUGGCCACCUGGCCACCAGACAAGCUGUCUGUCCCAGUGUCCCGACCUGGCCACAGCCUUGCCCGUCCCUGCCAGCACCUCCCCAUCUCUGGACAAGGCCUCAUUCCUCCAGGCUACCCCCGCUCCUGACUGCCCGAUGUGAUGUGUGUCUGGGUCAUUUGUCAUCUUGUUUUGUCUGCAGGGGAAAGAGUUGGGCAAGGGAAGAGGGGGAUCUGGGUACCAGUCAGAGUCCAGAGAGGCAGAGAGAGUGGUGAGGUGGGCAGGAGAGGCUGACAGCAGGGCACUACACCCAGGCAGGGGCAGCGCCGUGUCCUGGACGUGGUAGGCAGGAGGCUGCAGCCACACUGAGCAUGUCUCCCUUCCCCAAAGCAGAUGCACUUAGUGGUGGUAGAGGGAGCAUUUUUCUAAGAAUCUAGAUUUGUAGUCGUCCUUGAAGGCGUCCUGAUAGAAACCGGUUCUGCUGCUCCUACGUGUCUGGAGCUCCCAACAUCUACUUGCUUCUGUGCUGGGAGUUUCUUACCCACCUGCUAACGUCAGGCCAGACUGCUUUUGCCCCUGCUGCCCCUGGAUCUCGAGCUGUGCGGCCGGGUGAAGCUGAGACACGCAGCUGGGCACGUGUGGGAGGCGUGUUCUUCUUGGACGGCUUCACUUCCUGCAGGAAAGCGGUAGCUGCCGGGAAAGUCGUCAGCCUCUCCCCUUUGAGCGGAUGCCUUUCCCACAAAGGGGUGGGCAGCGGGGGUGGGAGGGUAUUCAGGGAGAGCCAGGAGCAUGCAGGAGCGUUGGCCAAGGAGAACCUCAGGGCCAAGGGCUGACUGGGAGCCAAGUCGCUGCUGGCUGUGGAGGUUCACGGGAGCCAUAGAGAGUUACUUCCAUCCCCCACUUAGAGGGGAGCCCAAGAGGCGGGGUGGGGGACAAUUGGAUGGGUUGGUCUAGCUUAGGUGUGGGUAUGGGUGGUGUCUUUCUGCAGUUUAGAUGUCUGGCCUCCACCAGCGCCCUGGGGGAUUCUUUCCAGCUACUAAGCCCUUUGGUUUUAUCAGGGCUUGAUCCACCCUAAAUCUUAAAUCCUUCUUUUCUCCUCUCCAGCCACAAGUCUGUAAGCAUUUGUCACAUGAGUGGGAUUCCUGCAACCUAGGUCCCUGCUGGGUAUAGUUCAGACACUAUCCGUUAUCUGCACCCUUACCCUUUGCUGGGCUGAGCUGGCUUGCUCUCUGAGAAGUGGGCCCUCCUUUCUUCUCAGCCAUCUGUGCCAGCGAUAGGUCAUUUCUGUUGACUGGCCGUGCUGGGGUUUAAGGUAAGGAGGUGUCCUCCGAGUUAAACAGAGUCUGGAGAGCAGACCCUUGAGGGGUGCCACAGCUCCAAGUGUGUAUGGGGCCUCAGUGACACACAGCUGCCGGGGUGAUACCGCUAGGCUCCUGUUUCAAUGAGCAGAUUACAUGGGCUUCCAACUAAAUGCUGUAUUUGCAUCGGGAUCUGGGCCUAUCCCCAAAGCAAGACAUAAAAAUGUUGCACUCGUUUUUUGACUGAUGUGACAAUUUCCCCAUUGUUUUUGCUUUUAGAGCAAAAUCUUGGUCCUUCAUCCCCAACUCACGUGAACUCUGUGGGAUCCUAUUUAUAGGUUGGGUGGACCUCUCCCCUUCACACUAUCUGGGAAAUGUGUUUACUUAAAGUACUAGUCCGGUUAGAUUUAUCCUGGUUAGAAGGUCAACAGUGUCUAUUUAGCUUUUAUUAAAGAUCCCCAUAGCAGCACCCAUGGCUGGAAUGAGGCCCGUGGAUUCUGGCAGCAUUCUCUUGGCUGGGCUUCUGAAAGAGCUUGAAAGGUCAAACUCCAUUUCUUUAAAUACUGUUCCAGGUUCUGGCUGGCUUCUCCGAGUAGCUGGUAUUUACAGUCGCCUGGUGGUUGUGCUGUGCUGUUUGUCAUGCUCUGGGGGUCCCCUGGGGUUUUCAGGUGGUCUCCAUUCUGUCCUACUUGGGAACCUUCCACCCACCUUCCCCCACUGCUCUGGCUGCUCUCUCUGCAGCCCCCACCUCCUGGGAGGGCUCUGCUCCCUGCCUCUGAGCCAGUGGCCGGGAUGAUCGCUCCGUGUGUCCAGAGAAACUGAGAGGCGUAUGUGGGCUUCCUAAGAAACACACCCGAGAAGUAGCCUCUACCCUCUGUGUGCUGAUGGAGAUGCUCUGGGCAGGAUCUGAAAUGUCCCUCCCUCACUUCAUCUAGGAAGUUUAUUUUGUGGCUUCUAGAGUGUACCCCACUAGCCCCACUGAGGUCCAAGGCUGUGGAGGAGAGGGAGAACGAGGACAGGCCAGUCUCCUGUUGUCCCCUGGACCAUGCGACUGACAGCUUGGGUUCCUGAAGGCUGCUCGCUCCAUCCCCUCUUGCAUUGCUCCAGAAUGUCUUUCCUUUUAUUGCCCCAUCUAGUCUUGGGGCUCAAAGGUUGCUCCAGCCUCCUUGGUCUUUAUGACUAGACUCAUCCCUGAUGGUGUUCUUGCUGGUAUUUGAGGUGUCCCAUCAGAGACGUAUUUCCUGGAUGUAACUUUGGCUCUGGGACCUCAUGGAAGAAGCUAUACUUUUCAGUUCUGUUGGGCAUCCAUAUGCCUCUACUGAACUGAGGCUUAAAAACAGAUGCAGAGAGAACUGAAGGGAGAAGGUCUUAGCUAGAGUUUCUAUCUCUGUUAAUGGAUGGAAAUGGGAAAAACAUUCUGUGCUUCAGCCUUGUCAGCUUCAUCUCCAUGUCCAAGCCUUCCGGGUGCCUUUUAGCAUCUAAUCCAACCGUGUCAUCUUCCAAAUGAGAACCUUCAGGUCCAGUGAAAGGAAACAGCUUGCUUGAGGUCACAUAGCCAGCUGGUGGCAAAACUGGGAUGAGAAUCCACAACCCAGAGCCGUUUCUUCGGCACUACCUAUGUGGUUGGUGGAACAAGAGACUGGAUUUACCGGGGCCGUGAGAUCUGAGGAAGCCAGUGAGCCAGUUUCUUGGCACUGGUUGGGAGGUAUCAGCCACAAGAGCUGGUGGGUCUCAGUCUCAGCCUCUGUUCUUUUCAGCAGGAGGGAUGUUCUUUGGGAUUUUUUCAGUGAGGGUCCUGGGGAUUGGCUGCAGCUCGCGCAAAGAAAACAAGUAGGGAAAGAGAUUUCAGGGGACUGUUCCUCAGUGACAUUAGUUCUUCAGUCCCUAUCUGUAAUGAGGGCAUAGGCCUGGGCCAAGAUGCAGUUAACCAAACCUCACUUUCCUUUUUUUUUUUUUUUUUAGUUAAGGAGAAAAGGGGUAAAAGGAAACUCUUUGAACUCUCCCUGAUUGUUAAACAAAGGUAGUCAGUAAGAACCUCAGCUCAAGGGAUGAUAGCCCAUUUCAUGUUCUUACCCUGACGUUUAAGGUGCCAACUCAAACACUACCUUCAUUCAUUCUUAGUCAACAGAGACAGGUCUGUUGUGGGGGGACGGUCGAGGUUCAAACAGAUCUCGUGGCUGCCAGUGGCUGGCAGGGGCCCCAUGGCUCUCUCAGAGCAGGGCGAGUCAGCAGUUUGCCAGGGCUCUUCCUACCACCUGGGGGCCCCGACUGGGGCAUUCUGUUCUGCUCUGAUGGCUGUUUUAUCGCCAGUUCCUUACCCACCCAACCCCACAGCUCCCUCCUUUCAGCAGGACCCUGUGCCUCUUUGGGAGAAAGGAGAAACCCCCCACUAAGGCCAAGGAUGGUGGAGUCCUGCCUAGUGAGACACUAUUGGGAGGCGAGGGCACUGUCCUGUCCUUAUCAGUCCCAGGGAGAGAGUGUGUGGCUGGAAAACUGGAAUUUAAAUGCCAUCGUUUCUGAUUUUGUGACAUUUCUACUUGGAAGGGUUAAUCCCCCGCUUCCUGCUCCUUAGCAUGUGUGUCCACUCUCCCCUCUCCCGGGCGUUGCCCUUCCACACUCCAGCCUGGGGAGUGCCGCUGUUUACGUGUGAAGAGAUUCCUCUGUGUGCUAGAACCUGCAAAGUGUAGCUUGGAGAUGAUGAUCCAUGUGAUGAUGACUUUUCUGUCUUUCCUCUUUCAGAGGAGGUGAUUUGUAGACCCCCACCCCCACCUGCCUAUGUAAUGUAAAUAGUGUACAUUUAAUUUAUUGCUAUGGUAGCACAUUGUAUUUGUUAAUGUAUAAAACAAAUUCUAAAAGGUUGACAAAUGUAUAUUUUGUUGCUUAAAUGUGUCUUUGCAGAAAUUGACAAUAAAUAAGAUAUUUUGUGUCCA